AUGAAGGUUUCGUCCGUCCUCUCAUCAGCCGCCCUGGCAUCGGUCGUGUUCGCCGCGCCUUCGGUCAAGCCACGCGGCGACUCAACCACAGACGGGGCUCAGUUUGCCGAUCUCACUGCCAGCAUCCAAGCUAAUGUGUUCAAGUCACUAGAUGAGCGGGAGGCCAGGUUGAAAAAGCGCGGUGAAUCAGCCAACUGCACGACAAGCAACAUGGUCUUCCGUCGGGAGUAUGGCUCGCUUUCAUUGACCGAGAGGCUUUCUUAUGUGAACGCCGUCAAGUGUCUUCAAAGUCUGCCGCCACGAACGCCGGCUAAUGUCUCCUCUGGUGCUCGAUCUCGGUUUGAUGACUUUGUCGUGACCCAUAUUCAGCAGACCAUGACGAUCCACUACACGGGUAACUUUAUGCCAUGGCAUCGCUGGUUCGUGCAUCUCUACGAGAAGGCUUUGCGCGAGGAAUGUGGCUACACCGGCUAUCAACCUUACUGGGACUGGCCUAGGUACGCUUCUGCGCCUGAAUUAUCCCCUAUCUUCAACGGGGACCCUUACAGUCUCGGCGGAAACGGCGAGUACAUCCCCCAUGAUGGGCCUGUCAUUGAGCCUCCCGUGGGAAUUGGCGGCUCAAGCAUCCAGCUGCCUGCUGGUGUCGGCGGAGGUCUCGUGACUACUGGGCCUUUUGCAAACAUGUCUGUCAAUCUUGGCCCGGUCGGGGGCCUUGAGGGCACGGCGCCCGGGCCGGAUGGUGGCCUGGGCUACAACCCUCGCGGUUUGAAGCGCGACGUGGGCCCGGCUAUGAACCAAAGAUACGCGAACUACACAACGGUGUUGAACUUGUUGCUCAAGCCCAACAUCUCGGAAUAUAGGCUUUUGAGCGAGGGAGUUCCUUACACCCCUGAGAUUGGACCUCAUGGAGGAAUGCACUAUGCCAUCUCCGGUGAUCCAGGUGCGGAUCUUUUCACGUCCCCUGGCGACCCUGCAUUCUGGGUUCAUCACGGUAUGAUGGACCGCAUGUGGACUUUUUGGCAAGCGCUGGAUCCUGCCGCACGUCAACAGGAAUUGAACGGAGGUGAUUACGGUCACAUUACCUGGGCCAACAGCCCGCCAUCCGCGAAAACUCAACUCACGGAUGUCAUUGAUAUGGGAUACUCGGGUCCCUCAAUCAAGAUUGCAGAUGUGAUGGACACCUUGUCAGGACCAUUCUGUUACUUCUACCUUUGA